UUAGACCUGAUCGAGGGAGCUUACUGGGAAUAACCUGACAGGAGGAUAUAGUGGAGCAAAACGGAUACUUAUUGUUGAUUCUUACUUUUAACACAGGUGCUUUUGUUGCUUUUAUUGCGCUUCAUCUGGUUCAACUUUUUUUUAAUACUUUUUUCCCGUACUUCCGUGUCUAAAUAGCAUCAACAGGAUUUAGGCCUGAGCGCGUGUAUUUUGUGUUUUAUUAAGUUGUGCCACUGGAGAUACACGUGACGGUGUAAGACAGACAGGGAGCCUCCUUUUAUAAUAUCAUCUCUUUAAUCAUCUUAUAAUAAAAGGACUACAAAGUCUGGAUGGAGUACGACCUGCCUUUGAAUGCAGCAGCACACUUGUUGGAGGAGCGCACCACGAUCGCACCUUGAUACAAAGUCACCCCAGAACUGAGAGAAAAAUAAAAUCUCAACAUCUCUACUUCUGCACUGCGCUGUGGGAGGUGUGGAUGUUGUCGCUACUGUUGACAGGCUGUGCAUUGACUGCAGCUGUCAAACUCAUGGGAUCCUCCUGCCCCCCGAGCAACUGGGAGCACUGUUGAAGUCUCCACUGCGCAUGUCUGAGCGCUGGACAGCUCCAGAGAGGGAAAUUUAAAAACGGUUUUUGGAGAAUCAAGUGCAACACAGCGAAAUACAGUACGGGGGCUCGCGACCGGUUCAAACAUUCUUCAAUAUCAUCCAAAACAGUGGUACCACAUAGCCCAGGAAAUGAUAGAAGGUGGAAUUACAUCCAGGAUGUCAGGAAUAAUUGAGAAUGCUGGGCAUCAUCCGUCUCCACAGGACUACAGGCUUCUGACCACGGACCCCUCCCAGCUGAGGGAGGAGGACCUCCCUGGGGACCUGCAGUCUCUGUCAUGGCUCACCUCUGUGGAUGUGCCCCGGCUACAGCAGAUGGCUGAUAGCCGAGGCCACAGUAACGGGCCCUCCCAGGGCAGCUUGUUGGAGCAACAGACAGCUCAGCUGAGUAACAUGUCUGCGAUGACAGCAGGUCAAGGCUCUAUGCUCCACCUCCAGAGCAACAUGCAGCACAGCCCUCUGGGAAUCAGCAUCAUCAACACCCACAGCGGAAGUAUGUCUCCAUUCUCCAUGAAUGGGAUGCCCUCUCCAGGAUACCAGUGCCCUACCUCAGUCUACCAGACUACACCCCAGCAGGUGUACUCUCUCACCCAAACUGGACAACAGUGUUCUACUGGUGGGCUGUAUAGCAAUGUCUCUUUCAACAACCAAAGUCUUUUCACACAACCUCGUCUGGCUCCACAAGACCAGGAGCUGCAGCCCAAGUCUUUUCCCAAACCAAUCUAUUCCUACAGCUGUUUGAUUGCCAUGGCUCUGAAGAACAGCAAAACUGGCAGCCUCCCCGUCAGUGAGAUCUAUAGCUUUAUGAAGGAACACUUCCCUUAUUUCAAGACCGCACCCGAUGGAUGGAAGAACUCAGUCAGACACAACCUGUCCUUAAACAAAUGCUUUGAGAAAGUGGAGAACAAGACGAGCAGCUCAUCCCGUAAGGGCUGUCUGUGGGCGCUGAACCCUGCCAAAAUUGACAAGAUGGAGGAAGAGAUGCAGAAGUGGAAACGCAAGGACCUCCCAGCCAUCCGCCGCAGCAUGGCCAACCCUGAUGAGUUGGACAAACUGAUCACAGACCGCCCGGAGAACUGCAGACGUAAGGCUUUAGAGCCCGGCAUGACCCGUCUGCCCAGCUGUCCCACUGGCCUCACGCUGCCCGUCUCAGCCCAGAUGCAGCCUCAGCCGAUAGUCACGCUGUCCCUGCCCUGUUUACCCAUGCACCACCACCACCACCACCAGCUUCAGGCCCAGCUCCACGCUCAGGCCCGCCUGUCCCCCAUGUCCCCUGCCCCGGCGCAGACACCUCCGCUCCACACGGUUCCUGACCUGUCCCACAGUCCACUCACCCAGCACCCCAGCAAGCCGCCGGACGAUUUCUACAGUGUGCACGGGGAUACACACACAGAGGUGGAUGCGCUGGACCCUAGCAUCAUGGACUUUGCCCUUCAAGGUAAUCUGUGGGAAGAAAUGAAGGACGACAGCUUUAACCUGGAUGCUUUGGGUACCUUCAGUAACUCACCCCUCCGACUAUCAGACUGUGACUUGGGAACAGCCAACCUCACUCCUGUCUCCACUGGAGCAAACCUGCAGAUGUCAGAUGUGCAAGUGACGGGCCUCUACACUUCCUACACCUCCCAGGACCACCUGUCUUCUCAGUACAUGGGCGCGCCGGCUAACAGCAAGCCCAUCGCCCUGAUAUAAAGCAGCUGAACUGUCUCCUGCAGAUUCAACCUGAUUCCUUCAGCUGUCUGUGAAUAUCUGUGGACGCCAACUAAAGAAAACUGAGGUCAAAGUCUGACUUCUGGUUUCUUUUGUGCUUCGAAACGUACAAAUCACACAGAUCUUCUACAGUCAGCUGGGAACUACUUGGAGAAGGAUGUUUGAACAUCAUUUCACUUGCGGUCCACAAGAAAAUUGCUCCUUAAGAACUAAAACUGCUGAUGUGUAAAAUGUGUGUCAGACUCUUAAUAUCUAGCUUUGCCGAGCGAAGACUCAAAACCUGUAUGAGUACAGAGACUAUAUGGAGAUGUACGUGUAAGUUAGCAUCCGCCAGUUUUUCUACUGUUCACUCUGCGUUUAAAGGCCCUACCAUACUGUAGCUCCCUGCCUCUUGUCUGUUGUAUUGUGCUAGACAUUGUUGCUGUGAUGUUUUAUUUAUAUUUAUGAAAAGGCAGCUGGAGAAGGUGAUGACUCUGUCAAUCUUUUGCUGUAUAUAUUUGAAUGUUUGAAAUUGCUAUCGCCACAGAAAAGCUUUCUUUCGACUGUAUUUACCCACUUCAUUCCAAAAUGUGUGCCAACACUUUGAAUAAUCCAGAUUUUACACAUUAUUGUUUUACACAAUGUGAUUAACAUGCCUCAAAGUCAGAUGUAUAUUAUGUUCAUUAAUUUGAUCAUAAUAAAAAUCAAAUGGGUGAAUAAAAGAUUGUUUUGCCAAAAAUAUAUCUGACAUUUAUUAACAAACAGUCUUCAGUAGAAUACAAGACAC